AUGAAUUCAUCAAGCUGUGAGUCUGAUGAAACAUCUGCUCUCAAGUCUAUAUGCAAAUUCACAGCAGCUAGUGAAGGAACCUCAAGCCCUCAGUCUCAAAUGUUUACUCCUAACACAAGUGACAUGAUUACAAUGAGUGUAGCAGAUAUUGAUGUUGAAUAUGUGAUAUCUUUGAUGAAAGAACACCUCAAUAUCAUGAAGGAGCUGACUAUCAUACACAUCAACAAUGAUUACUUGACAUUUCAAAAAAGAUUCUGCUACUUAGUUACAUGUCAUAAGAAAUUGAUGAACAACUCAGAGAACUUCUAUCAUGAUCUUUUCCUUAUUGAUUUGAAAGAACAUCAAAAGUCUUUUGUCAAGACAUGUUUGGAUGAUUUUUACAUGACUGGCCAAGACUAUAUUAAAAAUAUUGAUAUUGAUGAUCUCAUGAAGCAUUUAACAAAUUAUAUUAACAAGUCCAAUGAAUACUUCAAACCUUCAUGA